AAUCUGGGUCCUGAGCGAAAAACACCGUCCGGAGGAGCGACCGACUUCAGCGAGUGUCUCUGAUUCGCUUUAAUUUUACGAUUUCUCCAACAGCCCCGUUCUCUCUUCGAGACGUCCCCGGAAAAGGGAGGCAGCCCAGUGCGGAGCCGACGCCGCAGGUUUUUGUUACCGACGGAGACGCGGCGGAGUUGUUUGUGAAGUCGGGGUGAAAAUGGAGAGCUCAGCUGAGAGUGGGAGCCUCCCUCCGCUGUGAUCCAGAGCCGUGAUUCUCCAGGGGAGCUGCUUUCUCUGCAGUUGGACCGCUGCUGACGCUGCAGCUUCUCCCAAUGGAUCUGAGCAUGUAGUUGAAGUUCUGAUUGUCUGUGGAAGUUCUGCGUGAAUCCUGAGGACGAUGAUGCAUUUCUCCUGAAGGCGGCCAUACUUAAAAACUUGGUUCAAAGCUUUUCUUGCCCUUCUCCUGAUCAGUCUUUCUUUGUGCAGUGAGGAUCCGUACUCAUGCUCGUGCCAUUUUGUCCAUAACAUUUAAGGUCAUCUGAAAUGGGGCCCUGGUAGCUUCUUCAAGGGGUUUGAGGUCCCCCCUGGCUGGAUACAGUGCUCCCCCGGGUGUGCGUGUGACCCAUCGACACAGGUCUAUAACAAGAAAAUUGUGACCCAAUGACAAAGCACUUGCUGUGGGAGUGGAGACAGCCGACGUGAUUACCCGAAUGCAUUCAUGAGCUCCUCGACUGUUAAACUGGACCGUAGUGGAUGUAUUGCUUGUGUUCAUGAACUGUGACUGCUGAUGCCAGCUCAUUGGGACUUGAGUGGGUGUAAUCAGCUUUAUUCAUGAACCCUCUGUCUCCGCAUGGGUACGGCCUGGAUGUUGGAUGCCCUGAGUCUGUUGAAUCGGCUGUUGCGGUGAUGAGGCAGGGCUCCUGGUGGCCUGCGUGGCUGAAUGGGCAGCGGCCCAAGGUGAUGUGAUGGGUUGCAGGAACAGUAAGGUCCUCCCUGAGCCUCCAGGGGAUGUUCAGUUGGACCUGGUCAAAAAGGUCGAUCCUCCGCAGCCCCCUCAGACAGAUAUCUUUAAGCACUUCAUACGAGGGGAUGGCACUGGAAGCAAGAUGGGCGGGGUCGGUGGUGGGGGCGGUGAUAAGGCCGACUCCACCUCCCCAUAUCAGGCCCAGGCACAAGCUGCCACUCCUACCGCUUCCGCCCAGCCACCCAAGGACCCAUCCGAACUGUCGGAUCCUCAGCGGAAGAAGGUGGCGAAAUAUCGAGCCAAGUUUGAUCCACGGGUCACAGCCAAGUAUGACAUCAAAGCUCUGAUAGGACGAGGAAGUUUUAGCCGCGUUGUUCGCGUGGAACACAAGAGCACGCGGCAGCCGUACGCCAUCAAGAUGAUCGAGACUCGUUAUCGGGAGGGGAGGGAGGUGUGCGAGUCAGAGUUGUGUGUUCUCAGGCGCGUUCGUCAUACCAAUAUAAUCCAGCUGAUGGAGGUGUUUGAGACGGCGGAGCGUGUCUACAUGGUGAUGGAGCUCGCCACUGGAGGUGAACUCUUCGAUCGGAUCAUUGCUCGUGGCUCCUUCACAGAGCGGGACGCCACCCGGGUGCUGCAGAUGGUGCUGGACGGUGUCAAGUAUCUCCACACAUUGGGGAUCACUCACCGAGAUCUGAAGCCGGAGAACCUGCUCUACUACCACCCUGGGGCUGAUUCCAAGAUCAUCAUCACCGACUUCGGUUUGGCCAGCAGCAGGAAGAAGGGGGACGAGUGUCUGAUGAAGACCACCUGCGGCACGCCAGAGUACAUCGCGCCUGAGAUCCUGGUGAGGAAGCCCUAUACGAACGCAGUGGACAUGUGGGCGCUGGGGGUGAUAUCGUACAUCCUGCUGAGUGGAACCAUGCCGUUCGAGGACGACAACCGCAUGCGGCUGUACCGACAAAUCCUCAAGGGGAAGUACAGCUUCUCUGGAGAGCCGUGGCCCAGUGUGUCCAACCUGGCCAAAGACUUUGUGGAGCGAAUUCUGACGGUGGACCCCAGCGAGCGGCUCACCGCUGGCCAGGCCCUCAAGCACCCCUGGGUCGUCAGCAUGGCCGCAUCCUCUUCCAUGAAGAACCUACAGCGCUGUAUAUCUCAGAACCUGCUGAAGCGGGCGUCUUCGCGCUGCCACAGCACCAAGUCGGCUCAGUCCACGCGCUCCAGCCGCUCCACCAAAUCCAACAAAGCCCGUCGGGUGCGAGAGAAGGAGCUGCGCGAGCUGAACCGUCGCUAUCAGCAGCAGUACAAUGGCUGACAGAGGGACCAGGGCAGCGGACCUUGUACUUAAAGGGAAACAGCACUACAAAGACAGCUUUCACGAUGACUGCCACCAUUCUAUGACGCUUCCAGUGUUAAAGGCCAAAAUGGCUUACAAUCCAAAAAUCAUUGCCUUUUUUUAAAAAGAGGGCAAUAAUGUGACUGAAUCAGUUUCUUUAAGCAAUAAAUCUAAUUGAGGUUGAAAAGUAAUUAAUCGCCAAUUGAGGCGAUUAAGCAAAUGAAAAGUGAUUCCUGAUCCAUGAAGACAGUGAAAUCUAUGAAUUCCUAUGGUAUUGUAUCUCCUGAUGAGAACACAGAAGGACACACCAGCAAAGUGUUUCAUUACAUCAUCUCUCCAUCCAUUCCUUCACCUUCUCCUUGGCUGGAUGGUGCCUUCCACUCCUUUUUAAUUUUGUCUUUCAAUUCCUGUGUCUCUACAUAUUUAUUUAUUAUUGUUGACGUGAUUAUUAGUCUCCAUUCAAAUGGUCACUGGAUAAUGACCUUCUGCGAGGAUCUGUUGAACAGAGUUCUGGGUACUGACGUUUCUAAGAAGGGGAUAAUUCUAGAAGUGGGGAACCCAAGUCCCCUCCUCACUCAUUCCUGAUUGAAAAUUGCUGUGAAUUUCUUAUUUUACUUAUUGUACGGACCUUGUCUUAAAGGGGCAAUGUGUAGAAUUUAGUGACAUCUAGAGGUGAAUUUGCAUGUUGCAGCUGAACACCCCUCACCUCACCCUCCC